CUUCACUGUUGUAUCAGUCCUCGACUGUUUAGAAGCAUAUUCAGCAGAAAACACCAGCUCCGUUUCUUAGACUGUACACAAUGUGACUGGGUCACUGAUGAUAGUAUCCACAUUGUUGCUAAAAACUGCCCCUUUAUGGAAUCUUUAACGCUCGCAAAGUGUCGCAACAUCCAAGGGAAAUCAUUACCAAGUCUAUUGAGUAAUUGCCUAAAGCUAAAGACGCUCAUAUUAGAAGGUACCCAGAUAAAAGACGAAUUCUUAGGAACAGCCGACUGGGAAAACACCAACAUCAUCGAGUUAAACAUGCUAAGCUGUUAUCGACUGUCAUUUUCCGGCCUUUCAGCGGUAUUACCAAAACUAAGGCACCUGCGCUACUUGAAGUGCGCGCUGACCGAUGAAAUUCUCUGUCUCAUAGUGGACGGCUUUCCGUUGUUAGAGGUUUUCUUUCUUCAUCGACGCUAUCCAGUUACCGUUCAAAGCGUCAGUGAUUUGCUCUUUCACUGUCCGAGUGUCACGUGCUUGGAUAUUUCAUCUAUUCCAUUGGCGUUUGUUUAUUUUGAGACCUUUUUACCCCGUAUGCCCCGGCUUCAACUGUUAAGCUUUGCAGGUAACGAACUCUUAGGGACAGAGAACAUUAUACUUUCACUUGCAAGAAAUUGCAUUGACUUACAAGUGAUAUGUGUUAAUUAUUUUCACUCGACAAACAACUUCAAAAUCGAGCGCUCCUUUGUAUUUUUGCUUCAAAGAUGCCGGAAGCUCAAGGAAGUUAUUUUAAACGGUUUGUUCGUGAACAAUUUAGUUGUGUCUAUACGGAGUUUAGGGUAUUAUGUGUGCGAUAGAGACGACAUAUUGGUAGCAGAAAAUAAACACUUUUUCUUCCUGGACCUCAAAACAGUCUUGAUAAUG